AUGUCAUCCCUCCGACACAGCAGUACCCCACCCAAACCAGACGAUUUCACCCCGCUGCAAGAGCACCAAGAGCAAACGCCCUCCACUUUCUUCGGCGCAAAGCCUGUGCUCUAUUCUCACCACAUUGGCGUCACGAUUUCCGCGCCGCCAGCCAAGCUACAAUCAGACGAAGCAUUCGCACAAUUCAACACCGAGCGCGGAGGCGCGAGCGAGGACGAAGUGCUUGUCAAGGAUGUCGAGGUGUGGGUGAGCUCAGAAAACCUCAUUCUCUUCCAGCACACACCAAAAGCGACCGGUGUCUCCAUUCCCUACCCCUCCAUCGCGCUCCACGGCAUCACUAAGAAGAACGGCGUCGAAGCCCUCCUCAUGAACCUCUCCCUCAACGACGCUGAGACCGUAAAUGCAGACGAGGACAUUGACAUUCUCGAAAUCAUUGUUCUGCCACCCAGUCACGGUACUGAGCCCCCGCAAACCUCGUGCAUACAAGAGAUAUUUGGUGCGAUGAAUACCUGCGCGGAUCUGCAUCCUGAUCCCGAUGAGGGGGAGGAUGGUGAACCGGAUUUGACUGCGCCCGGUGCGACAGGUUGGAUCACGGCGGACAAUAUGGACGAGUAUCUGGAUGAGAAUGGCAAUUUUGUGGGUACAGUCCUUGGGGGCGAGGACCUGGGACCGGGAGCGGGUACCGUGAGACCGAGGGAGGGGGACGAAGAGGAGCAGGGUGCCACUAAUGGCGUGAACGGGCACGAAGAAAAGUAUCAGAGGACAGGCUAG